UCUUCUCCACCACAAGCUUUAUAGAAGGGCUCUUUAGUUGUCUUCAGGAUAUAGUGCAUAUAUAUAUAUAUAUAUAUAUAUUAGUCAUUAAACUGUAGCUGAAGGACACACUGAGUGUACAAUUAGAACAAAUCCCAAACGCUCAGAGUUUGCAGUGGAGACUGAAGAUGUACGACAUUACUAAGGAAAAAUUUGACAUUUGUGAGGAUCUCCAAUCAAGUGGCAUUGAUUAUGGUACUUCAAGUGAAAUCUUUUCAACUGUCAAGACCAACAAGAAAAAAAGCAAACUGUACAAUCAAGGUUGUAACAAAUCUUGGAACAGAAGCUACAGGAUUGCUGCCAUAUUUUUUGGAGUGUUGUGUGCAGUCUUGCUCGUAGCUAUCAUAGUGCUGUGUGUUGAGAAUGAUUUUUUUAAAAGUUAUGGAACUGAUGGCAAUCAGCACCAGGUCAGGUUUCACAAUCUUAGCCUAGAAAAAGUGCACCUGGAAAAUGAUUACCAUCAGUUUCAGACUAGUUGCAACAGCAUUGAGGAGGAGAGAGAUCGACUACAGGCCAUUACUUCAAACAUAACCAAAGAGAAAGACCAGCUCCAAACGGUCAACAGUAAUCUAAUGGAAGAAAAAAACCAGUUACAGGCCAAAACCGAUAGUCUGACCAAAGAGAAAGACCAGCUCCAAACGGUCAACAGUAAUCUAAUGGAAGAGAAAAACCAGUUGCAGACCCAAAAAAAUAACCUGGACAAGGAAAGAGACCAGCUACUGACCGAGAGUGGUGGACUUCAGAAAGCACUCUCUGUUUUAGGAUGGAAGUACUUUGGGUCCAGUGUGUACUUCAUCUCUAAUGUGAUGAUGAAUUGGACUAAUGGCAGAGAGCACUGCAGAAAGAGAGGAGCGGAACUGGUUGUCAUAAACAGCAAAGAAGAAAUGAUUUUCGCUCACAGUUUGCUUAGUAAAGAUGCUGCUUGGCUUGGCUUGACUGACAGAGAGAGUGAAGGGGUCUGGAAAUGGGUGGACGGCACAAAACUGAUAACCAGUUACUGGGUGAAAGGACAGCCUGAUGAUGGUGGAAGGCGUACCAAUCAAGACUGUGGUGUAUUUGCUUACAGAUUACCUGCGUUAGAGAGCUGGACUGAUGAUUAUUGCCAUUAUAUUGCUUAUGCGAUCUGUGAAAAGAGUGUAAAAGAAUAGUGACUAUAAUAACUUUUCUGGCAAAUAAUUGUAUAUGGAUGCUCAAAUGCACAUAUACAAAAAUAUCAAACCAUGUGGCAUCUGAAACAAAUGAUGCUAGAUUUCUGUUCAUAGCGAAAUUCACUAUUCUCAGCCAUAUUGCGAUCACAUUUAAUCAACCGAUUUCUGUUUUUGUACUGGAUGCAUGAAGUCCGUUAUUCUCAUGUUCACACAGGUGCUCUUGCAGAGUAACCACUAUAUGUGAGGUCACUAUACUGCAAAUGCUACUGAACAAUCAUGAAGCUUUGCAAAUGAGUGUUUUUCUUUCUCUCUGUGGUGUGCUGGAGCAGAUCAUAUUUUUUUCUUAUAUUUCAUAAGAUUCUAAUAAAAACAACUGUGUAUUUUUAGCCAAUUUGUUAAUACCCAAAUUAUUUAUAAACUCCUGAGACCCCCGCGUGACUGCUGUGUGCAUCUUUCAUUUCCCUUUUUGAUUUGUAACUAGUAGAUGCUAAUAAACAACCACAAGACCAAAAAAAAGGUUUUCUGAACAUGUAUGUCCUCAUAUGUGGACAGCAGGACUAAUUGUGAAAUGUUAAAUAAUGCCAAGCUAUAGAAAGUCUGAUUUGUAUUAUGUGUCCAGGAGUGUUUAUUAUUCAUGUUUUUGAGACAUUACAGCUGAUAUUCUAUUAAGCUGAAUAAUUAAUUCUGAUUAUAAGUAAUGUCCAGCAUAAUCCAAUCACAGCCAACCAUAUUAAAAUAAAAUGAUGCAUU